UCAAAGCCACACAGCCGCACACGAAACCCCUAACCCUUCAUUCCAAAAAAAAAAUCACACCAAACCUAAGAAAUGGAUUCAGUUCUCCGAGCUUCUUCAACCAAUCGCCAAUGGCUUCUCUUCCAGCACUCUAUGUUUCCUCCUCCUUACCAUCCCCUCUUCGACCUCACCGCAGUUUGAACUCCAUUUUCAGCCAUGAAACCAGCCUCCCAUGCCCUCCAAGAACCAGAAGCAGCCAAAGAAGAACCACGAUAUCACUCUCCUUCCGCACAUCCUACCUGUUCGCCGCCGAUCACGAGGACGAAGACGAGCAAAUCGCCAGAGAUUUCGGCUUCGACGAAGCAGUCGACCUCUUCAAUCAAGGAGCUUAUUACGAUUGCCAUGACGUCCUCGAGACUCUGUGGAACGGAGCCGAGGACCCUACCAGAACCCUAUUUCAUGGCAUUCUUCAGUGUGCUGUGGGGCUUCAUCAUCUCUUUAAUCGGAAUCAUAGAGGGGCGAUGAUGGAGCUUGGAGAGGGGCUCUGUAAGCUACGGAAGAUGGAUUUUCAGAGUGGCCCUUUCUAUACUUUUGAGAGGGAGAUUACUGCAGUUUUGGACUUUGUCUACCUGACCCAGAUUGAAUUAGCUGCCUGUGAUGAGAAUGUGUGUGUUACAAUGGAGGGUUCAGAGAGAUCAUAUGAAUUGCUUGGAAGGUAUGGUGCAGGACAGAAGCUGUAUGAUAUAGAGAAAGAAGUUGAUGGAAGAAUGUGCAUUGUCUUCUCUCCUCAAACAUCUCAAGCUCAUCCUCUAAGGGUAAAGCUUCCCACUCUUGCUGCUACCAAACAACACCUUUUAGCCCUUGACUACCAAUGAUAUUUUUGGUCAUUUUCUUAUACAUAUAAGGGAUAUAGAAAGAUCUCACUUGUUUACAAAGUUCUAGCAUAGGUAUUAUUUGGUACAUGUUGAAUACAAUGUCUAUAUUAGAAACCAUUCCAGGUUAAAUUAUAAAUUUAAUCAUUUGAACUUUGAUGGUUGUGUAUAAAUAUUUA